AUGAACAAUCCGGAAGAGUCCAAACCAGAUCUCUACCCACAACAUCAACGAGAACAAGAUAUGACAGCCUCGUCGGCGACGAUUGACGGAAUAGCAGCGUCGGCUCUCUGGUCAGUUCUCCAGAGAGUCCAACAGGUCGCCGAGCGAUGUGGUCGUGAAUCACAGCGGAUCCACGUCGUUGCCGUCAGUAAAACGAAACCCGUCUCCCUCGUUCGCCAAGUGUACGACGCCGGUCAUCGAUGUUUCUGCGAAAACUACGUCCAAGAACUUGUCGAGAAAUCCCUUCAGCUUUCGGAUGACAUAUAG